AUGGGACUCGAGGGCUUAAUUUCACCGUUAUUGCAGACAUCAAGGUCCAAAAGAAAGGCUAUAGUAUUUAGCAUUCUUUUAUUAUGGAUUGUAAUUAUCAACUUAUGGAUUCAUGAUUACAAACACCAACAUGCAUUUAAGACCGUAACAGGGUCUAUUUAUGACACAGUGAAUAAUUUGUCAUUUAAUAAUAACUUUGAUAACAAUAAUAAGGAAAAUAUCUUGGAUUAUGAUACAAUCAAAUACUUUAUGAAGACCAACAAUAUUAAAGACGUAAGAUCUAUAGAUUCUCACUCUAGUACUUAUGACUUGAUGUUGCGAAACCACGGCAUUAAUAGCAUGUUGAAAGACUUGCCAUUCAACGAAAGAUGUGACUUAUACUUCAAGAAUUUAUUCACUACAGACAUGAAUUGGUACAUUGAUCCUAAUAAGGAUUUUCAAUUGGAGAAUAGAUAUGAAUAUAGCUACGAGCUGUUUAGGAAUAACAAGCUUAAUGAGGUGAAGGAUGCGUAUGCCAAAGAAAAAGGGAUUGACUCUAAAUUAGUUGAAGAUAGAGUUGUUGAGGAUCUUGUCAAAGCUAAGUAUGAUGCCUUCUGGAAAAAGACUAUGCAAACAGAACAGAAGAUGACGGAUUAUAUUUCACAUGUCAGAAUAUUUAACAAGUGUUACUUAACAUCCGAUAACCAAAACGAAGCUUCACAGGCAAAGAAAUUAACAGCUGAUCAAAGCAAAAUGAUCAAGUCUUUGAGCGAAAAGGAUUUGAUCAAAGAUGGAAAAAGAAAGUUUAAAAUGACGGCUAAAGAAUCGCUUCUAAACACGGAUAGCUUUGAAUCAUGCACUGAUUUAGAAUCAAGGAUAUAUAAAUGGCUUUCACUUUCAUUUCCUAUUUAUGAGAGAUUCACGGGUGAAAUCGUUUUAACUCCACCUGAUUUAAGUAAAUAUGUUUACCAUCCGGAAGUUUUCAAGCCUACUAAUCAAAAAGUACGUGAUGCUAGAGGUAAAGCUGGCAAAAUCCAAUCAAAAUUGACAAACAGCAAGGCAUGCUUUUUACAGAGAUUUAAAAAUAAAAUGAAUGGAAAAGGUAUCGUUUUAUCUAUAGGAGAUAAACAUGUCACCGAUACAGUAAAAUUAAUUCAUUUAUUAAGAGCUUUGAACAACAAGUUCCCAAUUCAAAUUGUUUACAACGGAGGUAUCUCAGAAGAAUCUAAGAGUCGUAUUGUAACCGCUGCAAGGCAAAGAUUCAUUGACUUACCUAGCUCAUUUAAAAAGAUUGCCCAUUAUUUACCAGAUGAUUACUUUGAUGAUUCCGAUCAUGGCUUACCAAAGCAAGAGGUUUGGUUCGUUAACGUUCAAAAUGUUAUACAUGACCAUUACAAGGAAAAGUUUGAUAAGUUUGCCAAUAAAUUCUUAGCAGCUUUGUUCAAUUCUUUUGAGGAGUACAUACUUGUUGAUGCCGACACUGUAUUGCUUCAAACUCCGGAAUAUUUCUUUAACCUAAUGGGUUAUAAGAAAAGAGGAGCUUAUUUCUACAAAGAUAGAACAGCUCCAGAAUUUAGACCACUGGGAGACACCAAAUUCUUUGAAAAGAUGACCCCAUCAAUCAUUGAUCAAGCAAUGUUUAACAUUCCUAUUGUCACUAGUCAUACAUUAGAUUUGUCAUUUUUUGAUGGUAUGGGGCAUUUCAUGGAAAGUGGAUUAGUCGUAAUUGAUAGAAACUUACACUUCAACUCCAUACUAAUGAUGAUGCAAUUAAAUUUCAUGAAUCCAGUCACUUCAAGAGUCUAUGGAGACAAGGAAAUCUUUUGGUUAGCAUUUGCUAUAAACGGGGAUGAAGGUUUUGAGUUUAAUAGAUUCCAUGCAGCCGCCAUUGGUGUAGAAACUCCAAUGGAAGAUAGAGUCGGCUUGGAAGGAAAACCAUUAAAAUCAAAAGAAAUAUGUUCGGCUCACCCAGGUCAUAUCAACGGUGAGGACGGCAAGACAUUAUUAUGGUUCAAUUCUGGUUUCCAAUUCUGUGGACAAGCUCCCGAUGUAGACUACGAAAAGGAAUUCCAAUUUCAUACACGUGUUAAGUUUUUGAAGUCAAUCGAAGAAAUGAAGAUUUUCUUCAAGAACCCAAUCAUUCUUAAGCAUGCCAUUAUUCCCCCUUUCAAAAACAAAUUAGAGACUUUAUGUGAAAAUACUGAUGGGGAACCAAAGGAAGCCUGGUUCAUGGAUAAAGGGUACUGUAACUCCUAUUUAUGGUGCAGUUAUUCCCUUAUUGGUGGCCAUACUGCAGACGGUGGUGAUAAUACUCAGAUCGGUAAGUUUAUCGAAUUUGAUCAAAAAUCGAUAGAUCUUUUCUCAUAUUACGGUGAUAUCUGGGUUGGCAAUGAAUAG